UAGCCAAACAUUGCGAGGCUCGGGAGGGCGAGAGACGGUGGCUUUCCAGCGGCGGACGACGCGAACGAGCUGGCGCGGUGCUGCUCGGUCGAGGCGCCUGGGUUCGGGUCGGCUGGAGCCCGUUCCUGCUCGAACGCAGAGCAACUGGGAGAAACCCGUGGGCGGCGGAACGCGUCUUUUCUUGCCCGCUUUGAAGCGCCUGGAGAUCAGCGUUGUCUCAGUGAGACUUCCGCGGUUCUCGCGCCAGACGAGGUGUCUUGGAUUUUGUAAAAGAACAAAAAAGCGACCGCAGCCGUUUCUUCUUAUGCUGUCCCAGGCUCUUUGAGCCAUGCCUGGCCACAGCACAGGGGCUCCCCAGGCGCCUCGCCACCACCGGGCCGAGCCCUCCAGACCCGGAGCAAAGAACUACAGGCAGAGUCGGACUUUAUCCAAAGAGAGCUCGGCCAGUCAGGACUCCUACAAGGACCCCCAUGGGGAACACGGUGCUGUGCACCACGCCGAUCACCCCCGGUAUUCAGACAAGCACGGUCACAACCGCAGCCACCCGCGGAAUGGCACCGGAAGGGGCUCCGAGACCAUCGGGUUCAUCCCUGGCUCGGCCGACCGCGCGCCCAAUAACCGGCAAACCUGCGGCUCCUGCGCCUCCGUGGGCUGGAGCAGCUGCAAGGCUCUCAUCUGCUGCGUGCUGACGUGUGGAUUCUACGGCAGCCGGGAGCCCUGCCUGCCCGUGAACGAGAGCUCCACCGACCACCACCCCCCCAAAGGCCCCGGCGACCCCCGCCCCGCCAACGGCAUGGCCAUCACCAACCCCACCUGCGACGUCGCCGUGGAGACCGGCAAGUCGCACAAGGUCUCCAAGCUGCCCCCGAGCGACAGCUUCCGCUACCCCGACGUGCGCAUCGCCGGUCAGACCGUGCGGUAUCCGCCCGCCGCGCCCAAGCGGAGCCGCGCGCCCGGCAAGGGGGAGGCGCAGCGGCCGGUCAGCAACACCAGCCUGCUGUCCCGCGAGGACUAUGACCUGGACGACCUGAGCGACACGGGCACCGACAUCGACUCGCUCAUCACCAAGAAGCUGCUGGAGCUCUACGCCCUGCACCAGAUCGACCAGCUGGCCAAGUGCACGUCCGACUCGUCCUUCUCGCGCAAGACCAACGAGAUCAGCGAGCUCAUCUACAGCAUCGCCCACGACUACAACCUGGAGGAGCAGGAGGCCGAGUGCAAGCUGGUGCACGGGGUGAUCCGCAUCAGCACGCGCAAGGGCAAGAGGAAAGAGAGGGGCCUCCCGUCGGGGGGGCAGCGGCCCAACGGGAGGAGCAACGGGAUGCCGCCGGACAGCGGCAACGAGACCAUGAGCAACACCUUCAUCAGCGCCGACUUUCCCGAGGUGAAAGUGUCGGAGCAGACGCCCUCCGACGAGCUGGCGAGGAAGAUGAGACACUACAGCGGCAGAACGUACUCGUCCAGCACCAACACGGCCUACUCCCACCACCACGACACAGAAACGGACUCGUCGGGGGCCCCCCUGCUCCUCUGAUGGGAGCCCAGAGACGGGCCCCAGCCACUGAUACGGACACUGAUAUAUGUUUCAUCCCCCUGACCUCCAGGCUGUUACAGAGAGGAGCACCUUUGGAUGAUUGCACCUCUUUAGUCCCAAUGUUUGUGUCAUAAAAAGCCAUGGACGAGUAUCUGUACAGAAAUGACCCAUUGAGCAAACUCUUUUUUUUAUAUAUGCAAUGCAAGUUUUAAUGUAUUAAUGUGUCCUGUGUAAAGUUGUUUCCAGCGACACGUGUUUCCGUAACCGUCCUUCCUCUGUGGAUUCCCUUCACAUAUGUGCCUAUGAAUUCCUGCCUUUAGACUUCUUACAGGCAUGUUUUGACCUGAAAACUUUAUUGUUCAGCCAUUUUUCCACGCGCAUAUCUCUGCCGAUGUUACUUACUGGCUUGUUCAGCCACCGCAAUCACGUUUUUUGCCCCGCAGAUAAGCUGUCUUUUUAACAAAAUAAAAACUUUUAGUUUAUGCCUUCUUAUACGCGUAUUCAAUGAGGAAAUGUGUAUAUUUAUAUACGUUUCACAACAGGAGCUUUGUGUAAACCAACUACAGUAAACUCUUAUUAUUUGCUCUAA